AUAAAAGAUGGCGAAAAGACGAUAGAUUAUAUGAGAGGUGGAUGAUGGAUUCAGACUGCAGUAGUUCAAAAAUAAUUUAAAACGUGAGAUGAAGAAAUAAGUGGACGAAAUAGGCAAAAUACGCAGACUUAAAAAUAUGAUAGCUUUCCGUGUUCAGCGGAUAUUCAUAAUGUAUAGACAUAGAAAAUGGACGUAUUGCUACAAAUAGUAGUAGAACUGAUCAUAGUAAUAUGGAUAAUAUAAAAGGACAUAAUAGCGUAAGGUGAAUAGGCAUAUACAUGGUAUUAAUAUUCGGAUAAAUAGUAAUAAAGCGUUUGUUUUUGGACUUACUGAGCAACCGGUUUGCUAGAGGAUUAGUAGUAAUUAUUCAAUAGUUUUGUAGUCGCAAAGUUAGGACUCUUUGUGGAGCACAAGGAAAUUCGGUUUAUUCCACUUCUCGAUUCAGGCUUGAAAGUUGAUGCGAGGAGCGAUGUACGUCCAGAAACGUCAGCUGAAGGAGAACCAAAUGUAGCAUGGAGAUCCAGAAACGACGUCGAAGGAAUGAAGAAACGACCAAAAAUCCAGAAGACCGUGGAGAGCAGCGUGCUGUUCCUCGGAACCACGACGAUGUAACAUUUGUUGAAAAAUAUGAAUCCCCCCAGCCUGGUGUUUUGGCUGGGGGGACAGAUGUCGCCAGUUAUCAAGAAAAACCUAUACGUCCAGUAUCACCGUCUUGAGUAGUAUUGAAAUGACUGAAGUUAUCUGGAAACUACGUAGAAGGAACGAAAAUACGACCAAAAACUCAGAACACCGAGGAAAGCAGCGUGCUGUUCACCGGAAGAGAGUCAUAGUUACUCCCGC